AUGAGUUUCAUAAAGGGAAACUACUCACAGCUAAAGUUACACUACGCUUCUCUGCAACCAAGCCAGACCGAAGUAAUACUGGAGGACAUUCCCGAGGCACUGAAGGCCAAGUACAUGAAGAGGAUGAUCACAUCUGAUUCGUCAGCAUCCAUUGAGGAAGGAGCAGGCACCCGACCCAUGUUUGUCCAAAAACGAGGUAGAUGGGCCGAAACAGGCAGAGAAAAACAAACUUUUGCUGAAGUCGCUGCCCAACUCGUGGAUCAUAUCCGAUCAACACGCCGAGCCAGCAUUGGUGCAUACGGGAAGCCCCGAGCUACUGUGGACGAAGCACUAAGUCAUAUCAUCAAAUCUCACAAAAAGGGAAUUCUUCGUAAGCAAAGCACGACAAGCCCUAAAACGGCCACAGAAACAACCCACGCUCAAGAUGACCACGGGGACGAACCUAAUGUGGAAAUGUUGAAGUGGAAGAGAGCUCUGCGUGCGGCGAAGCACUCAAAAGCGCAACCAAGAAUUGUGUCAAGGUGGAGUGACAUUACCGAUGACCGUGAUGAGGAGUCAGAAGAGGAAAUAUAUUGA